AUGCACCCACUCGAGCGCCUCGUUCAAUCCCUCCCCUCCGCCUCUGCCGCCGCCGCAGAGCGCUUCGCCGACAACAUUCCCGGCUUCGUGAGGACAGCCCAGCACUACCUUGCCGCCUUUGCCGCCUUCUCCAGCCUCUCGGCUGCCGCUCCGGCCGUCACGCUUCCCGGCUAUGGCAGCUUCGUGGGCACCACGGUGGCGCAGACAUUGACCAAGAAGCCCCUCCCGGCCACGGUCGAUGCAUGGCUCGGCAUCGACUACGCAUCCCAGCCCGUCGGCGAGGGCCGCUUCGCCCCGGUCGGCCCGCCCGCCGCCUUCCAGGGGUGGAAGAACGCUUCCGCAUACGGCUACGUGUGCGUGCAAGACCCGGAAGAGGUGUCCUAUGCCCAGGAUGAGGCCUGCUUGAGCAUGAACGUCUUCCGGCCCCAGGGCAUUCCAUUGGACCAGAAGUUGCCCGUGCUCAUUUGGAUCCAUGGGGGUGGUUUCGUCGCGGGCUCGGCCAGAAAUUUUGACGGUGCGUCGUUUGUCGCCAAUUCCGAGGCGCCCGUCAUGGCCGUGACUUUCAACUACAGAGUCAACUCGCUGGGAUUCCUCCCGUCGCCCGUCUUCGACCGUCUGGGUCUGCUGAACCUGGGCCUGCUCGACCAGCAACGCCUGUUCGAGUUCGUCCAGCAGUACAUCUCCCACUUCGGCGGCGACGCCUCCAAGGUCACCAUCGGCGGACGCUCCGCCGGCGCCCAUUCCGUCGGCAUCCAUCUCUUCCACAACUACAACAAGACCGAGGGCCCGUCGCCGCUGUUCGCCCAGGCCAUCCUGCAGUCCGGCGGCGUCACGGCACGCGCCUUCCCCAACGCGUCGUACCCGCUCUACCAGGAGCAAUUCGCCGCCUACCUCUCCCUCAUCGGCUGCGGCGCCCUCGUCAACAGCACCUCCGACGCCGCCGUCCUCGGCUGCCUGCGCGCCGCCCCCAUCUCCUCCAUCGAGGUCGCCAGCACCCUCCUCUUCAACGCCUCCGCCUACGCCAUCACCUGGCCCUUCCAGCCCACCCGCGGCGGGCCCCUCCUCGAGCAGGCCGGCUCCGCCUCCGGCGCCAACGGCCAAUUCUACCGCAUCCCCACCAUCACCACCAACGUCCACGACGAGGCAAAGUACUACAGCCCCGGCGACCUCGAAACCGACGCCCAAUUCCUCGCGUACCUCAAAAACCUCAUCCCCGGCCUCACCCCCGCCGACCUCGCCGACCUGCAAGCCCUCUACCCCGACCCCGCCGGCGACGUCAACGGCACCUACAGCCCCUACGCGCACUCGCCCAACUCAACCCAGUACGACCGCAUCAGCGCCGCCCUGACGGACCUGAUGUACGUGUGCGCGGGGCAGGAAACCGCGGCGCGCAUGUCAUCCAUCUCCUCAUCCCCACCCGUCUUCAAGCUGCACUGGACCGUCAACAACACUUGGCCUUCCUGGCAGGGCAUCCCGCACACGAGCGACACGAAGUACACGUGGGCCGAGCCCGCGGGCGUGCGCGAGACGGGCGGCGUGCAGUACCCGGCCGUCGGGAAGCUGCUGCACACGUAUUUUGCGGACUUCGUCGCCCUCGGCGGCGACGUGAAUGCGGGGAAGAGGCCGGGCGUGCCGUAUUGGCCGAGGUAUGGUGUCGAUGGCGAGGCGGAGGGCAGGCCCGGACUGCAGAUGAGGAUGGAGCCGUUUGGGGAGAGCAGGGUCGAGGGCGAUGCGAUUAGGAGGGCGCAGUGUGAGUGGUGGAGGGAUGGGGCGAGGGCGGCGAGGCUGGAGAAGUAG